GGUCCUCACGAUCUUGUGACGGGGGAGGAAAACCAGAAAAAGUGUCGUCUAAAAUUCGACAUAAAUGAGCCAUUUUUGACCGUAAAACAUGAGUUUCUUCGGGUUUGGGACGACAGCAGACAUCGACGUUGUCUUGGAUGGAUCCCAGACACGGAAAUACGUAGAACAUAAGACAGAAGACGGGCGGAAAGAGAAAUAUCCGCUGUACUAUGACGGGGAGACUGUGGCCGGGAAGGUCAGUGUGAGUCUGAGCAAGGCAGGGUCCAAGCUGGAACACCAGGGCAUCAAGAUAGAGUUCAUAGGUCAGAUCGAGCUGUACUACGACAGGGGCAACCACCAUGAGUUCAUCUCAUUGGUCAAAGAGUUGGCACGGCCUGGCGUACUGACCCAGUCCACGUCCUUCGACUUCGAAUUCAUCAACGUGGAGAAACCUUACGAGUCGUACACUGGAGCCAAUGUCAAACUCAGAUAUUUCCUGCGCGUGACGAUCGUGCGGCGGCUGACAGACAUCACCAAGGAGAUGGACAUCGUGGUUCACACCCUCUCCACCUACCCUGAGGUCAACAACAGCCUCAAGAUGGAGGUCGGCAUCGAGGACUGUCUGCACAUCGAGUUCGAGUACAAUAAACAGAAGUUCCACCUGAGAGACGUAGUUAUAGGCAAGAUCUACUUUCUGCUGGUCCGCAUCAAGAUCAGAUUGAUGGAGAUUAGCAUUAUAAAGAAAGAGACCGCAGGGACAGGCCCAAACAUCUAUAACGAGAACGAGACGGUGGCCAAGUACGAGAUCAUGGAUGGGGCGCCGGUUCGCGGGGAGUCGAUCCCGAUACGACUGUUCCUGGCGGGAUACGACCUGACCCCGACGAUGCGAGACAUCAACAAGAAGUUCUCUGUGCGGUACUAUCUGAACCUGGUUCUGGUGGAUGAAGAGGAGAGAAGAUACUUCAAACAACAGGAGAUAGUGCUGUGGCGCAAGGCAGACAGAGUUCGCACUGGAGGUCAGGCGGAUGAGUCCACUGCCUGGGGGAGGGACUACCAGGCAUAGGGAUGGUUGGAAGAGUCUAUUCCUCCUGAUAGGGGGAGAGGGACAUCUGGAGACGCUUAUAGUUUUUAUUGUUUAGAGUAUCAUCGGUAAUGAGAAGAUGUGACUUCUUACAAAUGUACAUUGUAUGUGACCAAUUCUGAAACUGAAAGGCAUAGCUAUUAACUGUUCAUUGAAGAAGGUUUUUCCUUUUGAUUCAAGGUAAAUUGUGUACACUAUUCCUCCAUUGUUCUAGUCACACAGUGCUUGUUGUUGAUACUAGGUGAAAGCUAGUAUAUGUGUCAAAAGGGAGCUCCACUUCGCCCCUGCUGGUAUGAUGAAAUCAUUGCAAAUUUUCCCUUCCUUGACUUCACUUCAGUACCAAGUUCUUAGUAAUCUUAACCACUUACACAUAAAUUCCAGUAUUGAAAGAUAUUAUCAUGAAGAUAUUAUUAUGGUCAAGAUUAUGAAUAACGAUAAUUAUUCUAAGACCUGAGAUUGUGACAUUAUCCUAGAUUAGCCUGGGUAACAUAGUAAACAAUGUUGACAAUGGAGAACGACACCCAGGCUAGACCUAUAUAGUGAGCAGCUUAAAUGUUGAUAAUUUCUAAUACCCCUCAUGGGCUAUUGUUACGAAAGAAAUCUUGUCAUACCUGUUUGACGGUUAUGUAAUAUGAAUAUGGGUAUGCCUGUAAUUAUGAAGUAUGGAUAUCAAUAAUAAGUAAUUAAAAG